CAUCGAGCAGAGAAACGUCUUUCACGUUAGUGUGGCAUCAACCACAGUCUACGAAGGUGUAUCGACCCUGCAGUCUGUCUGGACGACUGGUGACUCGCGUAUUUCCCUUGUCAUUUGCGCAAGAGUAACUAUAACUGAAGUGUUCUACGCCAGGAAUAAAUAUGUGGCGUUUCACCGUCGCAGCGGUGGUGGUUGUCAUAGCAACCACGACGGAAGCCUCCUGGAAGUGGGAUGAAUCGAGACCUGAGAAUAUCACCGCCUCAGCAUCCACAGUCACAUCGUCGUCUUCUUCGACAUCGACUCUCUCGUCUAGGACGACCGUCAAUAAGGACGAUGCGCAAGGAUCUGCCGAAUUUUUCACCGACACUCCUUCGCUCAGAAGAGAGGAAGACCCUUCGGACGGCACUCCCCUCAUUGACAACGCAGCCAAUGACACAGAGCCGCGUUUUAUUGGAAGUCUCAAGAAGAAGCUGUGCUCCGUCGGCCUUGGUAUCAAUUGUGGAGACAAAGGACAUUACAAACCUGCCAACUCUCACUAUGGGAAACCAAUAGACAUCCACGAGGUACAAUAUGUGCAGCCUGUUGAGAUUCGCCCUGUUGGGAAACCUAUCCCAGCCGUUCCUAAAGAUCAUCACAUCUUCAACAAGGGUUCAUCAUACUCUACCGUUCCCAAAGGGCAUGGUGGUGGUUAUGGAGGGGGUAAGGGCCAUGGAGGAGGUAAGGGCCAUGGAGGAGGAGGAGGAAAGGCCCAUGGAGGAGGAGGAAAGGGCCAUGGAGGAGGAGGAGGAAAGGGCCAUGGAGGAGGAGGAGGAAAGGGGCAUGGAGGGCACAAGGGUGGUUUUGGGGGAAGUAACGGUCAUGGGAGCAGUGGCUAUACAGAGGCAAUUGCUCCUUCUCACUAUGGUGGAACAGGACCUUCUGGUUACCCGGGAGCCCAUUCCCCAUCUCACCAUGGGGUACCCUUAAAUGUAUAUGGACCUCCUAGUGCCCAAGCCCCAGCUUAUGGACCUCCAAAGCCGUCUUCUGUUAUAUCCGGAUUUGAACCCCCAGCUCCCUUAUACAGUGCACCUCCAACCCCAGAUUCUGCAUACACUCCUUUUGUUCCAGUUUCCUCAUACACUCCCCCUUCACCAGAUCUUUCAUAUAGUGCCCUACAAGGUCCAGCAUCUUCUUUUAAUGCCCACCAAGGUCCCUUAUCUUAUAAUGCCCCUCAAGAUCCCUCGUCUUCUUAUAGUGCACCACAAGGCUCUUCGUCUUUUUAUAAUGCCCCACAAGGUCAAGGUCCCUCAUCAUCUUUUCCUGCACCACAUGGUUCCUCGUCUUUAUAUAGCCCCCGGGAAGAUCAUUCGUCUUUUAAUGUUCCACAAGGCCCACCGUCAUCAUACAAUGCCCAGCAGUCUUCAUUAUCCUAUGAUGAUUCUCAGACUCCAGAUGGGAAUGUUCAAACUGUGAAGCAUAUUCAUAUUCAUCAGCAUGUCUAUAAAGUAGACAAUAACGCCAAUAAUGCUGCAGCUACUGACGCAGAUGAUUAUGGGGAUUAUUUUGAAAGCAAUUCUAUUGGUGGCACAGACCACUUGUACUUAUCAUCAACACUGAACUUGGGAAAAGAAACCACUGAUUUUUCCGGUAGCAAAGCAAUACAGAAAAAAGAAGCGAUAAAAUCUGAUGCAUUUAGAGCUCCUUUAGAUAGUGUGGUAGAAGCCCCUGCAGUACACGAUUUUGAUAACACAGGAACCUUAGACUCAAUAAGAGUCUCUGGAUCACGAGAUCUAGGAUGCACCUGUGUCCGUCAAGAACAGUGCCCACCUGAACUUGUUGCAUCCUCUCCAUUCUCUCGUGAGGAACUCGGUGGCCUUCAGGACCCUCGGAACUCUGCAACUGUUACAAUUCUCUCGAAUGAUACUAUACCUCACGCUGUAGUUCGACAAAAAAGAGAAACUCAGGGUAUUGUAGACCAGAUAGCUGUCCCUUCAAAUAUCAAAGAGCAAGAUGCCAGAGAAUUGUUCCCAGCUGAAUCUUUCUUUGGAGAUUCUGCUUUUUCAGGUACAUUUGGUGAUGUAAUAACUCGCUCAGACCUCAAGGGCUCAUCCACUGCAACAGUACGAACAGUGAGUGCUGGCAUCAGUAUUCAUGAUAUUAAUAGCCCCAAUGAACCUCCUGUAGAUCAUUUAUUGAUUGGACCGCCUGUAGAUGAAUUAUUUAUUGGACCUCCUGAAGAUGAUUUAUUGAUAGGACCACCCUCUGACAGCAUCUUAAAUGGCCCUCUUCAAAACAGUGCUCUUCUCGGGACACCUGCCAAUGCAAAACAAGCCAUACCUCCAGUAACCAACACUUUUGUGGAGCCACCCACUGUAAGCGGCUUUGCUGCAAACCUUGGUGAUGGUGUCAUUAAAGAUGUAACUAAUCAGAUUCGUCAAGGAUUACGAAAUGAAAAUGGGGAAUUUUUUGAAUGCAAAAAUAUAGGUCUAAAGAAGAAGGUACGCACUCCAAGAGACACAGAAGAAGAUAAAGAAGAAAAGAAUGAACCAAAUAAUGAACAAUCACCUCGACUUCUUGGACUUUUAGGUGGCUUGAUUGGUGGUAGUGGUCUAGAUGGGAUAUUUAAGGGCCCUGCGUUUGUACCAUCUUUUGGGGUCAAUUUUGGAAGUUUACCAACUGGAGGUGGAUAUGGCCCUUAUGGGACUCCCUAUGGAUCUGGUUAUGGGAGCAAUCCCUUGGGCCUAGAUCUUGGACCAGUGUCUAUCAAUCCUUUCGUGGGGUUCAAAGUAGCAAAGUUUGAUGGAAGACCCGUUUUCAAUCCUUCACUUGACCUACUGGUGACGCCCAAUGCAGAAGGUGUCCAUGCUAUUGAAAACAUUAAGAAAGGAUUCGGCCUGGGUGGUGUAGGUGGUGUGGGUGGUGUGGGUGGUGUGGGUGGUGGGGGUGGUGGUUACCCUGGGGGUCCAUAUCCUGGAGGUCCAUAUCCUGGAGGUCCAUAUCCCUACAGCCCUUACCCUGGAGGCAAUUAUCAUCAAGGAGCUGGAUAUUAUAAUGGUGGUGGUUAUCCUGGCAGUAACUAUCCCAUAGGUGGAUUAUACCCUCAGGCUGGUGGGUUACAACCAUCCCUCUACAGUCCACAAACAUAUAAACCUCCUUAUGCUCCUUCAAAACCGGUAUAUACACCUCCUUACACUCCUCAAAAACCUAUAUAUACCCCACCUUACACUCCAUUGAAGCCUGCUUAUUCUCCACCGGUUUUCACCUCACCUGCAACUUCCUUCCACCGUCCACAACCCAUUGCUGACUUCAGCUCCCAGAGUCAUAACAGUCCGUUUUCACACUCUCGUCCCUCAUUUACACCCUCUGUUCCUAUUCACACACCGCCAAGGCCACUGCAUACCCCAUCUUCGUUUCUCCAUGAUGACAAGCCUGUGGAAGUUCACCACCACGAGCAUACCCACUAUCAUGAUCAUGAUCAUGAUCACGACUAUGAUGAUAGCCCUUUUAACCCUAACGGUUUUAGCUCAAUCUUCAGGGGUACUAACCGUGGUGGCAAAUUAGAUGACAAGGGUUCUCCAUUUUCAGAUCGACGUCCUCUUUCAAACAGCGCAUUGUCAUUUUCUCCAUCGCAUACAUCAGAUAGGUUCGUUUUGCCUGAGUCGAAACCCCUGAAUUCCCUUUUGGACCCAAGGUCUCUUGAUUCAGAUAAGUCUGACUCUGGCUCCUCGUUCAAAUUUCCUGGCCAGUAAGAGAAAAUAAAAUGAAAUCAACCAAUGUAUUUGUUUCAGUUGUAUUUGUAAUAUUGUUUUAUUUCAUGUUAAUGUUGUUACAGUUAAUUAUCGCUGCAUUUGCUCAACAACUGUGCAGUCAUGUCUCCAAGCUUCUAUCGUAAAAAUUAGUCUCCAAUCGCUUUAUAAAUUUUCAUAACCAUGCUUCUAGGAAACACCUGGUUAUCAUUUUCCACUCAGAAAUCGCGAUCAGAGUUAUUGCCUCUAAUGAGCUAUGUGUAAAAUAAGUCUAUCAGGCUAACAAGCAUUGUAAAUAUUUGUAUAACUGUACCGUUUUAGUAUUAACCGCAUUGCUUGCACUUUAGUUUGAUAGAUGUAGAGCACGUAAUAUGUAAAUGCUUAAUUCAUCAGAAUAUAUAGAGUAAACACACCAUUUUAUUUUAGUAGUUGUACUAUACAAAUGCUAGUAAAUAAGAGCUCUCUUGUUUUUAUAGCUUUUUUUUAAAGCCAGCACACCAAGCGUAUACAAACUUUUUUUUUCUUUUUUAAGCACUGAUUUUUAUUUUAAAGAAUGAAAAUUACACAUAAAACAACUACCUUUAUUUUUCCGUAUUAACUUAUUAGUUAUUGUCAUAUGAAACAGGAAUGCUUACAAAAUAUAUUACAACAGAGAACUGAAAACAUUCUUUCAAAAUGCUGUAAGUCUGUUGUGUUAUAUGAUUAUAUUAUUUGAAAGGUUUCAUCAGCCGAAGACACACUUAGUCCACGGGAAUUGGAUGAAGAGCCAUCAGCGCGUUUCUUAGGGCCUGUGUCAGACCUACUGAAAGCCAUCCCAUUAGGUCUCACUUUCAAAAUAUCCAAUGUACCCCAUCCCGAACA